AUGGAGAAGCGUGUGUCAUACUUCUACGACCCCGAUGUGGGCAGCUACUACUAUGGCCCCGGGCAUCCCAUGAAGCCGCAGCGCAUCAGGAUGGCUCACGCCCUGGUGCUCAGCUACGACCUGUACCGACACAUGGAGGUCUUCAGGCCUCAUAAGGCCGUGGAACCAGAACUGCUGGCGUUCCACGACAAUGACUACAUCCAGUUCCUCUCGGGAGUGAGCCCGGAGAACUACCGCGAGUUCGCCUACCAGCUCAAGCGCUUCAACGUCGGCGAGGCGACCGACUGCCCGGUCUUUGAUGGGCUAUUCGUGUUCCAGCAGAGCUGCAGUGGCGCGUCAAUCGACGCCGCGCACCGCCUGAACAACCAGCAGGCGGACAUUUGCAUCAACUGGUCAGGAGGGCUGCAUCACGCCAAGCGUUCGGAGGCAUCGGGGUUCUGCUACCUCAACGACAUCGUAUUGGGUAUUCUGGAGCUGCUGAAGUACCACGCGCGUGUCAUGUAUAUUGACAUCGACGUGCAUCACGGCGACGGAGUGGAGGAGGCCUUCUACGUCACGCACCGCGUGAUGACUGUUAGCUUCCACAAAUUUGGAAACUUCUUCCCGGGGACCGGCGACGUCACGGACGUGGGCGUCGCAUCCGGCAAAUACUACAGUGUCAACGUGCCGCUAAACGAUGGCAUGGACGACGACAGCUUUGCCGAUCUGUUCAAGGUUGUGAUCGGCAAGUGCGUCGAGAUAUACGAGCCCGGCGCCAUUGUGCUACAAUGCGGUGCAGAUAGUCUAACUGGCGACCGGCUGGGUAGAUUCAACCUCAGCAACAAGGGCCACGCGCGCUGCGUCGAGUUCUGCCGCAGCCUCAACAUCCCGCUGCUGGUGCUGGGAGGCGGCGGGUACACAAUCCGUAACGUCGCACGCUGCUGGGCGUACGAAACCGGGGUCGUUCUCGGUAAGCAGGACGAAAUGUCCAACCAAAUUUCUCUCAAUGAGUACUACGACUACUACGCGCCAGACUUCAACCUCCACCUCACCCCAACCAACAUGCCCAACUACAACACUCCGGAGCACCUCGAGCGCAUCAAGAUGAAGGUUAUUGACAACUUGCGCCACGUUGAGCGCGCGCCUGGAGUGCAGUUCGCCCACGUGCCGCCGGACUUCCUGCAGUACGACGAUGACGAAGACGAAGCUGCUCAGCAGGAGGUCUUCGAUGAGGGCGGGGGCCUCGCUACCUCGUCAGCGAGCGAGCUUCGCGGUCCGAGCCCUCCCAUAUACGUAAACCACCGCUUGCGUCGUAAGGACUACAAAAACGAUUACUACGACCUGCCAGACCGUGAUCAGCAGGUGCCAAUCUGA